AUGCUAGAGCGGGCGGCACGAUGCAUCGAGACCGCCAGCCAACAAGUCCUUCUCUACUCCAAACCUCCUUUGCGAUCACGGAACAUUUUACAUCCUGGCUUCUGGCACCAUGGUAUGGCUGAUAUUGAUUUUCCUUUUUGGUGUUUCAGUCUGCUUUGCCUGCCCACAGAGACUGAACGUCAAGGGCAAAGGAAUGCUGCACACCGUUUUUCUUCACCCAUACGCCUUGAUUUUCUUUAUACUCCCCAAACCCGAUCCUGGGCGCGAUCCUUUCUACGGUCCCGGGUAUUUAAUAAGUGCGCUGGCUUUCGUCGAGGAAAACGAAUCUCAUACCGAGCUUUUGCAUCCUCGGCAGAUGAGUCAACGAGAACCAAAACUCAAGUCCAGCAUGAAACACCAGAAAUGCUUCAGGGAACAGAUAAGCCUCAAAGCGACAACACUGUAAUUGAUAUGCUAUUACAGCUACUAGAAAGCGAGAAUGCGCCGAAGUACAACGAAGCCUGGAGCCUUUUCCAGGCUGUGGGGGCUUCUGAUGAACUAGCCUCCAAAAUGCUUACAUACCUUUCUACGUCCGAUCGGCGCGUUGAUGCUGAACGAGCAAGACUCAUUUUUGAAAAGCUCCCUAUCUCAAAGAGGACUGCAAAUGACUAUCUGUGCGCGGUAAAGGUGGCUCUGGUUUGGAAUUUUCAAGAUUUUGCUGUACGGGAAAUUUACAACGAAGCGGCGUCAAGGGGACAGGAAGAAUCGUCAUGGAAAUUUGCCCUUUCCUUUUGGAUAAAUCGAAAGAAUUGGCCUCAGGCUCUCGAAAUCUGGGACCUUCGGAGAAAUUCAGCCUGCGCAUCAGAAUCCCAAACAAAGCCGGUCGAAUUGGUGUUUUUACCACAGAGAGUUUUUCCUCUUCUAAAAGCGAUACAGUCUGGCCAAUUCACCCAAGAAACGCGGUUGUAUGAAUUUACAAAAUUUAUAACACUUCAGAUAUUUUCCAGCCAAAAGUUAAUGAUGGAUUUAUCCGCCCGGUCGAUAAUAUCUCUUCUCGAAAAGCUUGACUCAUUACAAAUGCUUGAGGCUAGAUUUUAUUUUAAAGGGCUCUCCACUCUACAGCCAUUGAAGCUGCGGUCGGCAGGCACUCGGUCUCUAUUGCUUUAUCGUAAUCUUCGAUGGCGCUUACCAAAUGAGCCUAUUCCUGAAAACCUACUUCUCCGCCUCAUUCGAAGCCUCUCUACAUUAGAGAUGGUCGAGGGAGUGAGCUUUUUGUUAGACGAGUACCGAUCUAUCUAUACUAAACUGUCGCCAGAAGCAUAUCGUCGUGCCCUAGUCACCUAUUCGAGGCAAGGCGAGCAGUCAAAAGUUCACCAUCUUUUCAAAUCCUACGUUGAUGACUAUGGUGUGCCAUCAGACUUAAACAUCAUCUCACCACUUCUUUACGUCUAUGCUAGACUUGGCCAAGUCGAAAAGACUCGACAACAGUUCGAUAGGCUGCUGCAAGAAUUCAAAGUAUCUCCGAAUUUACUAUGCUGGAAUAUACUUCUGACUGCUCAUUCCAGAGCUAAUGACCUGGACGGUGCGCUGGCCACUUUCAAAAACAUGGUUAGCGCGAACGCCGGCCCCGACGCCUACAGCUUUGGUAUUUUAAUGGGAUUGCUUUCUAGCAAAGGUGAUAUAAACGCCGUCAUUGAUUUAUUUAACAUUGCCAAACAAAACAGUGUUCGAAUCCGUACUGCUAUGGUGGAUACGGUUGUCAGUGCGCUGUGCCGAAACCGGAGGUAUAGUGAUGCCGAGAAAGUAGCGGAUGAAGCCUUUAACUUGUGUUUGUCUGGUUCUCUGACAAGAAUGUGGAACAUUUUGCUCUGGAACCAUGCUUUCACAGCGGAUAUUACUUCUGUUUCAAGGAUUCAGGCGUCAAUGCAAGAGAAAGGCAUAGAAUUCGAUGGGAUGACAUAUGCUGCUCUAAUGCUUAGUCUUGUUCGUAUUGGAAAGAUUGAUCCUGCUCGUCAAAUUCUUAGAAAGCUCCAUCGAAGUCGCCACGUGAAUAUAGCGGAACUUCAUUAUGCGAUCUUACUACGUGGGUAUCUUACAGAGGGAAACCGUGAUAUGAUAUCAGUCCUAUAUGGAGAGAUGGUUCAAAGAUUCGGUUCCCUCGGCCUUAGCGGGAACCUGUCCAUGCUGAGAGUAUUUGUCAAGCGUGACCUACAAAGAUUCUACGAAAAAGGUGACAUCGAUGAUAAGCUUUCUUUAGAAUUGACCCGCGCAGAGCAAUUUCUCGAUGCCAUUCUGAAUUCCUUUGAGACCUCUUCACUUGCGACUAAACAGCCCCAACCUGGCACGGAAAGGAGGUCGGCUACUGAUGCGUUCCCUUCCGCAUACUAUGAACCCCUUUUAGUAGCAUACGGUUCGCAAGGUGAAUUUGAAAAAGUCAAAAAUUUGCUUGACAAACGCAAGUCAACACUAAAGGAGCUCUCUCGCAACGAGCAGCAACCAUCCCUGAAACUCAUGCACCUUGAAAUGCUUACCUUCCUUCGAGAAGGGAAGCAUGACAAGGUUGAAUCGUGCUGGAAUACGGUUCUUGGUAGUACCAUAAACACGGCUCGCCCUAUGGAUUUCAAAACUUUGAUACCUCCGUCUAACGACGAUUCAAAUAGCCCAAAAUCAACAGGUGUAUCGGAAACGCCCCCUGGUAUCCUACCAUCCUACCGAUAUGCCCUCUCUCGCUGCAUUUCUGUUCUGAUGCAGUCACUGUCAUACCGAAACCUUCACUAUAAAAUCGCGGAUGUUAUCUCAAGGGUUGAAAACUUAGGCUUUGUCUUGACUACCUUCAACUGGUCUCUUUAUGUAAAGCUUUUGUGUCUGUCUCGGCGACCCGAUGAUCAACUACGUGCCUUCACCGUCUUUGAGGACAAGUUUAUAUCAAAUUUCCUUGGAUGGGGGAACCUUAAACGGGGCCGCACAAAACGGCCAGACAAUGCGCAUGACGGGCUUGACUUCCUUGAACGUCGAUACACUCCCUUACAAAGGAACGGAGUGCUGGGAAAAGCUGGACGCCGUGCCUGGGCGAGAAUUCAACCGGAUUCCCUACAGCCAACAUAUCUUACAAUGCUUUACUUGGGUUCAGCCCUGAUUGAUUUCAGAUCCCGCUCAAUUGCAAGUGGAUCAGAUGAAAUGGGCGUACUUCUUUCGAAAGCCCCAAAUACUGUAAGUGCGGUUGCAGAACUUCCAUUUCUUCGUGAAAAAUUCCAAGGAGUUAUACUUCGCGGUCGUCAGCUCAUAGACGACCCACCAUCGCCCAUUGAUACCAAAGAUCAUGUUGUCUGGACCGGUGGUGUUCUUGGCAUCGAUGGAGAAUCCCGCAUUGACACCAGUCCGGAAAUUCAAGAUCUUAGCGAUAUGGAUAUGGAUGACUUGAAAGCUUAUCGUGAAUCUCCACCACUAUUCCCUCCUGGGGAAGAUAAUUCAGAACCGGAAGUGGGCGUUCUGGAGAAUAUGCUGGCUCAGGACUUGGAAUGGAGAGCUUUGCUUUCUAAUGAUAGAAGUCAAGAGUCUGAUUCUGAUGCCCCACCACCCCGGCAAGUCUUUGAAGCCCAGGACGAGCUCGAUCUAGAGCUCGAAGCCCAUGAUGAAAAGCAGGGCGAUAAAGAGUGA